ACACGGAGAAGAUGAGGAGCGUGGGCUUCGAGAAAUGUUGGCCGUUCAAUUGGGAUGGCGAGGGAGGAGAGACGGGGCGUUCGCUCCCGCCGAUCUUGUUGCGGAAGUUCAGAUGGUGGUCCGACGAGCUUCAGGCGGCGCGAUUGGCUGUUGAGAAGCCGGAGGAAGUCGAUGCCAGGGUUGAGCUCGAGAAGGACGCGGAUGAGAAGGUGAUUUCAAUUCCUAACGACGAGUUGAUGAUCGAAACCCCUACCGUGGACCCAUCUGUCAUUGGGAACCCCGGCGGGGCGGCGGCGGCGGCGGUGGAGAAGGAGGGGAAGCAGGUGAGAGUUCCCGCCAGGGGGAAGCAAAGGGCGCCCAAGAAGCGGUCCAUCGUCGAGCUGUUUGCCGUGGCGCCGCCGGUCGAUACCUUGGAAGAUGACGCUAAUGGCGGUGACGGACGAGAAGAACGAGAAGAAGAUGGAGAAGAUGGGGAGGAAAGAGAUCAAGAAGAAGACCGGGAGCUGGGAGCUGGGGAUAAGUGCGGUGGAGAGUCUUGGGAGGCGUUGAGGAAAAGAACGGUACUGGAUAUGAAAGACGAUGAGAAGAAGCAGGAGAAGGCGAGGAAAAAGAUUAAGGAAAAGAUUGGGAAGAAGACAAAAAAGAAGAAACUCAAGGUCGAGAUUUGCGCUGCGAAAAAGGAGAAAAUUGGCAAUUUCAAAAUGUCAUCUCCUGUUGAUAUUUCUCACAUACUCCAGAACAAAUUGCACGAUAAGAAGCUCAGGAAAAUACAGAGGAACCUUGUUGAUGGGCAAAAGAAGUCAGUUACUGCGAAGAGUUUACCAAAGAAACAUAAAUUCAAACUUAUUCAAACUUCAAAAUUGAUCUCUAGGAAUCAGAAGGAGGUGACAAGGAUGUUCCCACUACAUAGCAUUCUCAAGAACCGGAAAGGAGGCACUUCUGUCAAGAAGGGAAAGACAAUAAGUGAUGCCCAGGGUGGAAAUUUCAUCAAACUUUGUUGUAAAUCAGCAAAGCGUGUCAGUUUUUCUGGCAAGGAUGACAUACUUGGGCUAAAAAAAAGAUGUUCUACUAUGCAGCUGCCUCACCUGCAAAACCUCUGCAAAAUAUUCUCCGAUGUUUUGGCUGCAUCAUCAGCUAUGGACAAUUUGAGCAAAGGUGAUAAAUGUCCUCCUCCUAUUGAGGGAGCUCAAGUGGUGAAUGCAAGGGAUAAAGAUUUGGCUAGAAGUGAUGUAGAGAUGACAGAUGGAACUGUAUCUGAAGAGAAACAAUUGAGUGGCUCUUAUGAUCAUGCCAUCCCCCAUAGCUUUACUGAUCCCAGCAAAAGGAAGUCUCCUGAAACAAAGAGGAGCCCCCUGUCUGAAUCUGUAGACUUAAAUCAUGCUGUACAGGAUAUUAGUGAAUUGAGUUGUUUUAGCCUGAGCUCCACUACGUCACCUACUCAUGCUUAUUCAGGUGACCCAAAGGUUCUGAAUCCUAUUCAUGAAGCUGGGUCAAUUUGUGAUGCUGGAACUCAUGGGGAAGAAAGUUCUCAAAUGAUGUCAAGUGCUAUAAGAAAUCUGCAUGGUCCUAUUGAAAAGUGUGUACCAAGGUCUACUGCAACAAACUCACUAACCCUAACCAGAAAUUCAAUUUUACGGCAUUCACCAUUUUGUCUGGAAAAAAGUUCGGAAGCCAGUAAGGAACAGCACCUUCGAUGUGUGGACCCUACCAUGGAUUUCUGUAGCCACCGACCAGGAUUUCAACCAGUGCACCACCAUUCUCCAAAAGAUUUGAUAAGUAGCAUAUCAUCUUCAGUCAGUUCAAAGGAAUUUGAUGAGUCAAGAUUGAUGUCAGAUCUGAUGUCUACCUGUAGGGAGAAGAGCGUUGACAAAGACUUUAUUGGUUUGCCUCUUAAUUCGCAGGGAGAAUUAAUGCAGCUGCAUUCUAAUACUAAGUUUGUUUACAGUGAUUUCUAUAAGAAGCAAAACUCGGUACGGAAUUCUGUCUGUAGCUUCCCAGUUCCCAAUUGUGUUGAGCCAAAGAGUAGCCAGGUUAAAUUGAAAGAGAAAUUUCCUUGUGCAUCAUUGUACCAAAAGGAUCCACUAAGUUGGUCUUUGGAGCAAUACUACCCUGCUGGCAAAGUGGUAACAUCUGGGAUGGGUUUUACUGAUUUGCAAGGAUUUGAAAUAAUGGAAAUCCAGAAUCGUGAGAAUCAGGAUUUUGACCAAAUUACUCAUUGUGAUACAAAUCAAAUGGAAGUCUCUUGUUGUGGAUGCAUGGAAUGUAAUAAAACUGAAAAUUACAUUGAUGGAGUGCACUUCCAUGCGGAAAAGAAUCUAGACAGCAGGUUUCAACCUGUUAUCCGGCCAACAAUGCGUUUGAUGGGUAAAAAUGUCACAGUUGGUAGAAGUAAUGAAGAAUGUCUAGGAUUUAAUGAUGGAAAGAGAUGGUCUGAUAAUGAACUAGUAACUCAAAACUGCCCCUCUAUAACAGUGUCUGGUAAGCCCUUUAUGAAGAUAUGGCCUCGAGGGGAACCAGUUGAGCAUGCAGAAUAUGUUUCCUCAAAAGAAAAUCUUUUCAAGUCCUUAGAAGUUCCCUCAAGUGUUUACUGUAUGCCAGCAACUGAAUUUAGUUCUAAUCCUAUGCAGCUUGAUUUUCAACCACAAUGGUUGUCAAGAAGCUCAGACAUUGGAAGUAAUGGUUAUAAUGCGGAACUAUUUUUUAAUUCAAUUCCUCAACAAUUGCUGAAAAAGACAACCAAUUCUGCAGUCAAUUGUAACUCAGGAACUCAGCAUGUCAAGAUGGGGCAUCAGCAACCAGUGGUGGGACCCUAUCCUCAGAACGCGAGCCAGCAUAUGCUUCUAAAUUCUCCUCAUUGCAAGCACAGCCAAAGUGUUCCUUACAGUAUGUCAACUUUUCACCCUGCUUUUCCUUAUCAGGAAUGUAGGAGUCUUUCACGAACAUCUAUAGCUCAUUCUCCACCAACCCUUCCUCAUUGGCUGCUAAAUGCAACACAUCAGAAGAAAAUCCAACCAUCAUCUUGUCCUUAUUCUGCCCCACUUUCUGCAAACCAACCCAGCAUUAUACAUGGAAACAAUGUUUUACCAUUUUCUUCUCCAUAUACAGCACCUAUAAUUUCUUUUCCAUUUUACAGAGGCAAUAGCUUACCUGGUCCAGCUCCUGUGGUUCACCAUUUAGCUAUUCCAUCCUUGGGGGUAAACAAGCCCCACCCGGCAGUCAAUACCAGCUGUAGAGGCAAGAAGAAAAACAACACUGGCACAAAAUUUGAAUUUGCAAAUGUUAAGGCUCUGGAUUGUACCAAUAAAACUAGAAAAAGGCCUGCAGCUAACGAUGAUAUUUCUAUGAAUACUUUGAAGAAGGCAAAUCUAAAUCUUCAAGAAGGCUCAAAUGUUUCAACAGAGUCUGGGAGAAGAGAACAAAUGCAUGGACAUUCAAAAUGUAACGUAGGAUCAUCAGAAAUCAAUUCUUAUGGGAGUCAGAUAACUGACAGGGAACCAAUGCUACAUCUGGGCAAUGAGAAAGACAAUAUGGUAGCUACAUCUGGGUCUAGUGCUUCAAAUUUCGAUCCACAGGAAAGAUCAGGGUUUGUCAAACUUAGUGGAGGAGCAAAGCAUAUGUUAAAACCCUGUCAAAAUAUGGACCAAGAUAUAUCUCGACCAGUUCAUUCAACCAUACCUUUUGCUGUAGGAACUACCUCCGACAGGGAACCAGUUUCUCAGAGCAAAGCAUCAAAAGUGUACAGGGUUUAGAGGUUACUUAUAACCUGACAUGGAAGCUUCUAAAUGAUGUUUUCAUCUACAUGAUUUACAAAACUGACUAAGCAGGAUACUUCUACUGUGGUUGAUAAAUAUUGUUGCUUUGAUCUGAUGUAAUAUGCUUAUGGUUCAGAGAGAAAUUAUCUGACAGUAGCACUUUGUAACUCGAGCACAUGCAACAAUGUAUUAUAAAACUAUCAGGUUUUUGGUUUUCUUAUCUUCUCCCUUGCAUCAGCUGCAACCUCAAGCUAUAUUGGUCAGGUAAUUAUGGUAUUUCUCCAUGAACUUCGGUGGCCUUGUGGUGUAUGUUGAUGCCUUUUUCUCCCUAUGUUUUAUCAGUGUACGUUGUCUUGUGUCGUGUUUAAAUAUGCUGGUCUUGUUGCUUUCAGGAUUAUUCUCUUUUUUUUCUUCAAUGUUUACAAGUAUUAGAUAGAACUUGCUUGAUCGUUCUUCUUUAUAUUUCGUGGUUGUUUUGCUGUGCCUUUUUCCUUAUAUUGCACAACAAAAUUAUCUCAGAAUUGCUCUGUGUUUGGCCAAGAUAAAUUUUCUUUGGUUGAGGCAGUGAGGUCUAGACAAUGUCCUUUUCUGUUGUUAUCAUGCUAAAUGAUUCAAAAAUAUACAAAUCUCAGCUAGAUUGUUCCAUGAACUUCUCACAUGCACUAGAAUUUUGUGCAGUUACGUUGACAUUGAAUGGAUCUUAUCUCUAUGUUGUUAUCAAAGAUAUCUAAUUUCUCAUGUGUGUGCUUGCUUGCAUGUGUGAUGCAGAUCUUGAGGACUUCUAAACAACUUAUAGGUUGCAUGUGAUUGAUGAAAUGUUUUUCUUUAUAGUAAUCAAAAGACAAAUUGUUAUUUAGAAGCAGGAUAUUACUCUGAUUCAGUCUCAUGUUCUAAACAUGCUGGGCAACAUAAACAGGAAACAUGGCCUAAUGUAAUACUUGGGCUGCAGUGGAGGCUAUUGGAUUAUGCCAUGUUCAUUCAUUAGUGCUAUCAAGCACAAUAAUAGAACAUAUACUGAUUCCUGGAGCGACUAUUAGGCCUAGGGAACAAACUGCCUUAGACUGUUUAUCAACCCAUAUAGACAUAACACCAUUGUUAAACUCUUUGACUUUCCUUUCUUCUUGCAUUAUGCAUGCUUACUCAUGAAAUUAAUUCUCUAUUGAGAGAUACCAAUUGGCUGUGAUGAGUUAGUUACAGAUAUUCUGUGAAUGUUUUCUGUUCCUUAAAUUGCAGGGAAGGAUUUUAACAAAAUUGAGCAUAUCUUGAUUUUUCCUUAAAGCU